AUGUCCUUCAGCGUCUCGAGGCUCGCGUGCGACUUUCUGGACCGUCGGAGCACCCUGGCGUGGGCUGUCCUCGCCUCGGCCCUCUCGAUCGUCGGCGAAGUGCUGUACGGCGAGCUCGCCUUCGUGUGCCCCUGCAGACCCGGGGGGCGCAACACCACGGCGGCGGCCGUUUCCGUGGCCGUGCCGUGCGCGCUGCUGUUCCUCGGCGGCUGCUUCCUGCAGGCGGACACGUGGAGGGCGAUCCGAGGCUCGUGCCGCUCGUGCUGCGGCAGGAACAAUGCAAAGGGCGACGCCGAGGGCGGUGAGAGGGAUUCAGGAGCGCGAGUGAGCGAAGCCCUUCUCGUCGUCUUCGCCCGAGCUCUGGUGGCCCCGAUGUCGUGGGCCGUGGCGGCGUUGCUGAGCGGGGUGUACUACGCGUGCGGCCAGAGUACCGGCGGCUUCGACUGGUGGAAGUACUCCAGCAUGGCUGACCUCAACUACCAGGUGGUCGCUGAGCUGCUGCACAAAAUUCCGUGCGAGAAAAUCCUCCUGUCGGACGCCAUCGACGUGUUGCGGCAAGCGAGCAUCCGCAAAGAGGUCCUCGCCUCGCUACGAUCAGAGUCGCAGCUCGUGGGUCUGGGCCUCCUCGCCGGGCUCAUCGUGGCGACGGCGCUCACCGUCUGCGUCCUCCGGUGCAAGUCGCCGACGAGCGAGUGCGAGGCGAGCUUCGUGGCGCGCUACCGCGCCGUGGAGCGCCGCGUGUUCGCCGACGAGGCGGACUCGCUGGCGCGCGACCUCGCCGAGCAGCAGAGCCGCGCCGUGCUCCACCACGUGCGCGCCGCCUUCGAGGGGACGGCGGACGAGAAGGGCCGACGCCAGGUGGAGGCGUGCUGGCGGGAGCUGUCCGCAGUGCAGGGGGUGCUGAGCCGGGACGGCGCGCUCAGCGCGCUGCACAGGUGCACGAGCAAGGACAUCGAGUUGACGGAGUACGAUGACGCCGAGAACGUCUACGCCAAUUAG